CACAGAAGGUACAUUCCCAUCUAGUCCUUCUGGUAUCCAUUUAUGGGCCCUCUGUCCAUUAGUUCAUUGAAUCCCUUUUGGAAUAUGUUGAUACUCUCAUCCACGCAAAGUACAAGUUUUUGUACAUUUCAGAAUCAACUCUGUGAACUGAAACACUGCUAGGAAAUUUAGAAAAAAAAACAACACCACCACAAAUUUCACAUACGUAAUACAUUACAUUGGACCUGACCAUGACUUGUAAAAGUCCUUGUAAAAGAGCAGACCAUCCAAGAGGAAGAUAAAGUUCACAGCUAAAGCCAUUAUCAGAAAGUUUGUGAUCGCUAACCUGUUUCAUGUCAGCUUGAAAACAGCGGCAGAAAAUGAGGAAGCUGUCAUGAAGUGACAUAACUUUCAUGUGUGUCUUGUGACAAAAUUAAAGCAUUCAGAGAGUUUUGUUUAGUAAUAUGAUUCCAAAUCAAGGUAGUUUAAUAUUUGAAAGAGCCUCCCUAAGUCUUCUUUCCCUAAGGCAUACUUAAUGUAUUAGCAUAAAAAACCACUUUUUUUUGUUGUUUUUGACCAGGAACCUGCAAAUUGGAAACCAGACUGAGCCACUGCUAAUCAGAUCUGCUCCGUGAAACCCAGAGGAAAUGAUACUACAGAAACAACAUUGACUCCAAUACAGCAGAACUUGUUGCAAACCUAGGAGAAACCUGGUCCCUGGUUCAGGGUGUGAGGGAAACUGAAGACAUGCCUGAAAAGGACUUUGUAAGAGUACAGAGAAAGAACAGAAUGGGGGAAAAGCCAGUGAAGCUUGGCCUGGCCUGGAACUGCAAAAUGAUGGCCCAAACUGGUACUUCAGGGUGACAAAAGGACCUCAGCUGUUGAAGAAAUAAGACACGGUCAUGGCUGACAACAGUACCCUGGUGUCUGAAACCGGGAGGAGCCUCUUGGCUGAUUCUUCUGUUCUUGAUUCAAAAAUUAUAGAAACCUCCAAAGAGCAUGUAUUUCCUGGAUCUAUUUUGGAUGUUGAAGAAGAAAUGCCUCAAAUAGAAACAAGAGUGGUUUUGGUUCAGGAAGCAGGGAAACAUGAGGAGCUUCUGAAAGCCUUGGAGGAAAUUAAAGUGCCCUACAUAAAGACAGACACGUUAGAAGAGCUUGGAGAUUCUGAUUCCCCAGAAUUUGAGACUAUCUUUGUUGUAUCAGACUUCCAAGAUGCUAUCUUUAACAACCUCUGCAAAGCAGAUUGCCGUGUCAUUGGACCUCCAGUGGUACUGCACUGUGCUCAAAGAGGAGAGCCUUUACCUUUCUCCUGUCGUCCACUGUACUGUACAAGUAUGUUGAACUUGGUACUGUGCUUCACAGGAUUCAGAAAGAAAGAUGAAUUAGUUAAGCUUGUGACCUUGGUUCAUCAUAUGGGUGGAAUCAUUCGAAAGGACUUUAGCUCAAAAGUUACACAUCUGGUGGCUAACUCAACACAUGGAGACAAAUUCAGAAUUGCUGUAAGUCUUGGUACACCUAUUUUGAAAGCUGAGUGGAUUUAUAACGCUUGGGAGAAAAGGAAUGAAAUUGACCUUUUGGUGCACUCUUUUUUUUUUUUUUUUUUUUUUUUUUGUGCAGCUGAUGAUGACUUCAGAAGUCAGUUCAAGGUUCCUCCUUUCCAGGAUUGCAUGUUAAGUUUCCUUGGAUUCUCUGAUGAUGAGAAAGCUAACAUGGAAGAAAUGACGGAAAUGCAAGGAGGACAUUAUUUACCCGUUGGUGAUGAAAGGUGUACACACCUAGUGGUUGAAGAAAGUACAGUAAAAGAUCUUCCAUUUGAACCUUUAAAAAAACUUUACGUUGUAAAGCAAGAGUGGUUCUGGGGAAGCAUUCAAAUGGAUGCCAGAGCUGGAGAGUCCAUGUAUUUAUAUGAGAAGUCAGAGAGUCCUGGCCUCAAGAAGUCUGUGUCGCUUCUUUCUCUGAGUACUCCAAACAGCAAUCGUAAAAGACGUCGUUUGAAAGAAACUCUUGCACAACUGACCAGAGAAACAGAUAUGUCGCCGUUCCCUCCUCGGAAACGCCCAUCAGCUGAACAUUCGCUUUCUGUUGGGUCCUUGCUGGAUAUUUCUAACACUCCAGAGUCGAGCACUACCACUGGAGAAACACCAAAAUCCUGUGCAAGGCCUUCCAAAAACUCAACUCCUCUUCCACUAAAGCAGUCUGCAAGAUGGCAGGUUGCAAAGGAAUUGUAUCAGACUGAAAGUAACUAUGUUGAUAUUCUAACAACAAUCAUUCAGUUAUUUCAAGUUCCGUUGGAGAAGGAAGGACAACUUGGAGGACCUAUCCUUGCACAGGAAGAGAUUAAGACUAUAUUUGGCAGCAUUCCAGAUAUUCUUGAUGUGCAUACUAAAAUAAAGGAAGACCUGGAAGAUCUUAUGAUGAAUUGGACUGAAAGCAAAAGCAUUGGUGAUAUUAUUCUUAAAUAUUCAAAAGACUUGUUGAAAACAUACCCUCCAUUUGUGAAUUUCUUCGAAAUGAGCAAGGAGACUAUUACUAGAUGCGAAAAGCAGAAGCCAAGGUUUCAUGCCUUCCUAAAGAUAAACCAAGCUAAACCUGAAUGUGGCCGCCAAAGCCUAGCUGAACUCCUUAUCCGUCCUGUUCAAAGGCUGCCUAGUGUUGCUCUACUACUAAAUGAUAUUAAGAAGCAUACAGCAGAAGAGAACCCAGAUAAAGUAACUUUAGAAAGAGCUAUUGAAUCGUUAAAGGAAGUGAUGACACAUAUUAAUGAAGACAAAAGAAAAACAGAGGCACAAAGGCAGUUCUUUGAUGUUGUCUAUGAAGUUGAUGGAUGUCCAGCCAAUCUCUUGUCCUCUCACCGAAGCUUAGUUCAGCGUUUGGAAACGGUAGCGCUUGGUGAUGACCUCUGUGACAGGGGAGAACAGGUCACGCUCUUUCUGUUCAAUGACUGCCUAGAGAUUGCCAGGAAACGGCAUAAAGUUAUUGGUGUUUUCAAGAGCCCGCAUGGCCACACAAGGCCUCCUGCAUCUCUCAAGCAUGUUGUUCUCAUGCCCCUCUCCCAGAUCAAGAAAGUCCUAGACAUCAGGGAGACAGAAGAUUGCCAUAAAGCUUUUGCCUUAGUUGUGCGGCCCCCUACAGAACUCAACAAUAAGCUACUCAGUUUCCAGAUGACAACUGAAGAACCUCCUAAAGAAGACUGGUUGAAGACAUUAUGUCGACAUGUGGCUAAUACUAUUUGUAAAGCAGAUGCAGAAAAUCUCAUUUAUACUGCUGAUCCUGAUUCAGUUGAAGUAACUACUAAAGAUAUGGACAGUACUUUAAGCAGAGCAUCCAGGGCAAUAAAGAAAACAUCAAAAAAGGUUACAAGAGCAUUUUCUUUCUCAAAAACACCAAAGAGAGCUCUUCGAAGGGCUUUAAUGUCACAUAGUGCAACAGAAGGAAGAAGCCCCAGUUCAGCUAAUGAGAGUUAUAUAGGCAGCCGACUGACUAGUACGUCGUCAUUAGCGGGUAUUCCUUCUCCUUCCUUGGUCAAUCUUCCCUCAAUCUUUGAAAAAAGGAGUCAUACGUUAAGUCGGUCAACAACCCACUUGAUAUGAAGCACCUUUAAAAUACAAUGCUGUAUUGUAGUGACUGACAAGCAGUUGGCUGUACAAAUGACCUGUUACUGACAUUAAUGGUACCUUAGUCAUUAGCACUUAGCAAUGAUUAGCAAAAUGUUAGAUAACACUAAGUUAAUCACAAGGGUUUUUUAGUUGUGUUGAAGCAGAUCAGCUAAUCAGUGGAAUAAGUAACUCUGUCUUCAUUUAAGACACAGUAUUCCCUUGCAGAGACUUAUUUUCUCACCAACGUUAAUGGAAGCAUUUUCUUCUAUGGAAAUUGCCCCUCUAGGCAAUAAACUAAUUUGUCAGAUUUUGAAAUGAUGAUGCUCACAUAACUUGCAACAAGUUUGGAUGACUCUUAUGCUUGCCUAACUUGACCAAUUGGCAGAGCACUCUAAUGUUUGAACUGUUGAGUUCUUAAAUGGAAAUGCAUUAUGAAGUACCUGACAUUUCAAGUAUGACAGUUAACCUGUUGUACAGCUGCUUAUUCCAAAUAUUUUGUAAAGAAAUAGAAUUGACUUUCUGUGGUUAUGGUCUUCUGCAGCCUCACCAUAACACUGUGGUGUGUUAACAUGGGUUUGUUGUGAAUAGGCUUAAAGGCUAUGACUAGCUUUGACCACCAGAAGUGAUCAAUUUAAUUCCCUGAAUUUCUUUGAAGUGGAAGUCUGAGAAAAGUAACCAAACAAACCUCCCAAACUCCACAUCUUCCAUACACUCGUUAACAAAUAAUUAUUUAAUGCGUGGGAUUAUUGAUGUGACAUCAUAACUUGAGAGCCCAAAUUUGGUGUGUCAGUUUUCAAGUGUAGUACUCCUAAGGCUUUUACCUGGCAUUCUCAUGUAUUUGCAUCUUCCUUCAAAACUAUAUGUUCACUUCUGUCAUCUCUGAACAGUUAGUAUGAUGCAAUGCUAUCUCAGGAACUAUCUAAAUAUGUAUAUUUCUGCAUUUCAUUAAUGGUUUAACCGACUAUUAUCAGAAGUUCUCAACUUCUGGUUUCUUUUUAACCACCAGUGUCUUGUCUUAUGUCUAUAUGUAACUAGUGAUGUUUCUGAAUGUGUCAGACUUAAAUGUUUUUUUUAAUAUCUCUUUUUGCCACUCUAAGCAAUGUAAAUAAACUGUUUAA